AUGUCCCGCCGACGCCAACAACAAAAAGAAGACCCCUCCUCCGAAGAGGAAGGCUCCUUCGCCCAAUUCUCCAACGAGGAAGAAGAAGAAGAAGACGACAUCUCCAUGUCCGACGUCGCCUCCGAUUCCAGCGGCUCCGACGACGAUGAAUCCGACCGCUCCCCACAACAAAAAGAAAUCAACCUCGUCAAAGACUCCGACGAAGAAGACCUCGAGCGCCUCGUCCUGGGGACCAAAUCCGCCGACGACUUCCGCGCCAAGCUCCUCGCGGGUGAUGACUUUCUCCUUCCGGACGUCACCGGUUCCAAGGCUCUUGUCUCUGUCGCGGCGGACAAGGAGGAGGUCAAUGAUCAGUUCAAGAAUGUGGACGAUUCAAUGCUUUUCAUGGUUGACACCGUCGGUGGAGGGGAGGGUGUCAUCGCGCAUGCCGAGAAGAAGGCGGAAGAAGCGGUGGUUGACAAGCCUGCUUGGGAGGACAGUGAUGAUGAGAGGUUGACUGUUUCGCUUGCUGGGGUGGGGAGGUUGAGGAAGUUGAGGGAGUUUGAGGGGGAGGAUGUGGUUAAUGGGACUGAGUAUAGCCAAAGGUUGAGGGCGCAGUAUAUGAGGAUGUACCCCGUCCCUGAGUGGGCGCGGCCGGCGGCGGAGAAGAAGACUAGACGGAGGAGGAGGUCUUCUGCUGCGGGUGGGUCGGACGAAAGUGGGCUUUCUGGGGAGGAGGCGGAUAGUGAUGAGGAGGGGGGGGAUUACGAGGAUGCCUUGCCUUUGGAGCAGUUUCUAAGGGAUGUCAAUGCUUUUGCUGAGGAUGAUGAUACCAGGUUGUCCAAGAGGAGGAAGUUGCGCCCGGAGACGUUGGAUAUCCAGCGGACGAGGGAUAUUCCUGAUACGCACAAGGCGGGGGUGAGCUGUUUGGCGUUUCACCCUAGGCAUCCUAUUCUGCUGAGCACGAGUGUCUCGUCGGUCAUGUUUUUGCAUCAUGUUGAUGCGGCGGCGUAUCCGACGCCGAAUCCGAUGUUGACUUCGGUGCAGGUUAGGAGGACUGACUUGAGGAGGGCGGCAUUUUUGAGUGUGAAGGGGGAGGAUGGGGAGGGGCAGGGGGAGGAGGUGGUGUUUGCUGGUAGGAGGAAGUAUUUCCACAGCUGGAACUUGGCGACGGGUGCGGUGAAGAAGAUCAGCAAGAUUGCGGGGCAUCAGAAGGAGCAUAAGACUAUGGAGAGGUUUAGGGCUAGUCCUUGUGGGAGGUGGAUGGCGGUUGCGGCGAGUGAUAAGAAGGGGGGCGGUAUGCUGAAUAUUCUUAAUGCGGCCACCAUGCAGUGGGUUGCGCAGGCGAGGAUUGAUGGGAGGGGGGGUAUUGCUGAUUUCCAGUGGUGGAGCAGUGGGGAGGGCUUGACGAUUGCUGGAAGGGAUGGGCAGGUUGCGGAGUGGAGCUUGGAGUCCAAGAGAACGGUGGGAGUGUGGAGGGAUGAAGGGUCUAUUGGCGGUACUGUCCUGGCGAUGGGUGGCAGACAUGGUCCCAGGGCGAUUGGAGAGGAUCGAUGGGUUGCCGUUGGCAACAGCAGCGGGAUCGUCAACAUUUAUGACCGGAACGAGCUGCUGGUUGCUAGCAAGGACAAGAAGGAUGUGGAGAUCAAGAAGCUUCCUACACCUGCGAGAGUACUCGAGCAGUUGACCACAGCCAUCACUAUUUUGUCCUUCUCGCCAGACGGACAGCUGAUGGUCUUCGGAAGCAAUCUCAAGAAGGAUGCGCUGAGGUUGGUGCACCUUCCCAGCUGCACUGUCUACCGCAACUGGCCUACAGAGCAAACACCAUUGGGUAGAAUUUCCGCCGUUGCCUUCAGCGCCGAUAACAGCAUUCUCGCCAUUGGCAACAAUGCCGGCAAGGUGCGGAUGUGGGAGAUCAGGGGUUAA